GUAGCUUUCGUGGCUGCGCCCCGCAGUCGGUGUUCAGUUGAUCGGGAAGGUAUAUGAAGACUUUUGUCCGUCCAGACAAGAACAUACCAAACUAUCUUGUGUAGUGAGCAGUGAGCAGUGUCUUCUCCUUGUCAGGCUCUGCAGCCCGGAAGGACCAGUUCAUCGACCAAGAAGCCAGAUCGAAAGGAUAGCACCGACCUCCAGAUCAGGCCUACGAUCGGUCGUUGUCACUGAACUACAGUACAGAUUGUAGCCCGGACUACUGUAUUGUGCCAUCUCGCAUCGCCAAUCCGCGGGAAUCCAGCAAAAGCAGAUCGCCUUUUGCCGGAAGACUGCACAAGGCGCCAGGCUGCAGGCCAGGAGGUGCAGUCUGAUCAUGCAGGCAGUUGGCGCAAUUCGAACACGUGGCGUGCACGUGGUGGAGCUCAACAUUGCCCAGGCUCAUGGCGACAGUGAGACAAUGUCGGACGACAAGAAGAAGAGGCUAUGCGCCAUCUGCAAGAACCAUGGCGUCUGUGUCCCUGUCAAGGGCCACGCCAAGUCGGACUGCGCCUUCGUGCACUGCGAGUGCCGACUAUGCCAACUGACCAAGCAGAAUCGACGCAUUGUGGCACGGCAAAUUCGGGAACGCCGUAAGUUCGAGAAGGAAAGAGGCAUGUCAAGCACGCCAAACAGCCCAGCAGUGCUGUCGUCUUCGGGAAACGACUCCUUACCCUCAUCACCGCAGCUGUCCCUCAAUUCCUCUCGGCUAUUCUCUGACCUAACUGCCAGUGAUGAUAGCGGGCAAGAAGGAUCGGGCGAGGGUUCAAGCUCCGGACUUGAUGCUCACUCUUACACUCAGUCCCCUGCCAGUGCUGGUACAGCAGACACCAGUGAGCAGAACAAGCGCCUGCUGCUGGCGGCCGCAGAGUGGCGAGACCACCACCGAAUGCAGCUGCCGGCGCUCUCCGAAGAAGCCGAGCCGCUCUCCGACGACCAACUGAGGGACCAGAUCAAGGAUCUUGUUCUGAGCGGCGAGGACCCUGGGCUGCGUCCGCGUUCGCGAUCCUCCUCUCCGCAACCUCCACCGCCGCACCCCCAAACAGUGGCUGCACAAGCGCAUCUGCAACCAAUGGACGUACAGCCGCAUUCCCAACAAAUUACUGCAAACACUAUUCCACUGUCUUCCCCCAGCGCUCGACAAGACCGCCACAUUCGACCCUCGCGCGAGCGUAUUAAUCAUAUUCGCAUGCAGUACGAUCGGCUGGCCAGGGGAGUGAGUGACGUCUCGGCUCUCCAGCGUCAGGCUUUUGUCUUGAAUGACCCAGCACACGUAGGCGGCAAGUUUGUGUGCCCGCACUGCAGGGGUGCGUUCCAGUGCCGUCGCGAUCUAGAGUUCCACUUCUGGGCGCACACCAGCCCGCAGUCGCCCUACCUGUGCCACGUGUGCGGCGAGAGCUUCGAGACGACGCACACAUGCGACAGUCACAGCUCCGUGCAUGGCCUGCAUGACUACAUCUGCCAGUUGUGCGCCAAGGUGACGUCGCGUGUCACCGGCAUACAGGAGCACUGGGAGGACGUGCACCUCGCACUGCCGACCGCUACCAGCUCGCUCGUGGCGCUCCACUCACCGACAGCUUGCCACGUCUUUGCACACGGCCAACCGACCGGCAGUGCUUGCCGAGGGUGUAGUGGCAGUAGCGAGGGAAGCAGCACCCCAAGCCCGCCAGUCACCAUGCCAAUGCUGGCAUGCAGCGAAGUGGAGCGCAUCCUGUACGGUCUACAGCAGCAAGCGUCCUCUUUGCCCAGUCCAGCGCCACGCGAACCGCCAGCAUCUAGCUUCAUGUUUGUGGACGUGACCUUGUCGGAAGCUGGCACCGUAGUCGAGUACCGUCCCAAGCCGAACAUUGAACAAGACCCGGAGUACCAGAAGCACUUCAUGCAAGGCAAUCACAACUAGUCGCCGGAAUUCCUUACCUCAGAAGCUUUCAAACACAUUUGUGCAUGUGCCUGAUGUUAGAUACAACGGAGUCCGUGAUCCCUGUGUGUGUGUGUGCGUGUGUGUGUGCGUGUGUGUGUAUGCACACAUGCAUACACAUGUGUGCGUGUUUUUGUGUGUUCAAGUUGCGCCAUUAUCCUGGGCUUGACUAUGAUGCUGGCUGUUGUGUUGCAGAGUGAAGUCACAAU